AGUCAGACGCCUUUUUGACCAUCCUAUUUCACCCCCCUCUCUCUCUCUAUCUUAUCAUCAUCAGUUCAUCACCGUUACCUAACGGCGUCUGCUCUCCACACGACGGCCUUAUGUGGUGCAGGUCUUUCUCAGCCGUCUCGACUCUUCCGUUCCACACCUCCGUCCCUUUAAAACACCCCUCUUUUCUUCCCUUUUCUCUUUCCCAUCUCUUUUGUUUUUGCUGAGGGGGAUUCAAUAUUUCAAUAGGCUUUUUUCAUUUACAAGGUAACCCUGUGCUCUUCUCUUCUUUUAUCUCAUCCUAUAUCAUCCUUGCUAUUUGAUUUUUGUUGGGCUUUAGUUCUGAUCAUACAGAUUCGUUGAGAUUCAAAUGCGUUCUAAUGCACUAUGAUUUCUUAAGUUGUGGGGGGAUAUUUGAUUGGUGUUGAGUAAAUUAUAUAGAUGGGUUUUUGAUAUUUUUUUCCCCUGUAUGUUACUUCUGGGGAAGGCGUGAAUAAAAAUGAAUUUUUUAUGCCUUUGGAUUCGUUGGAGUUGUUGCCGAUCCUGGUUUGAGGAUGUUUUGUGAUUCUGGGUCUUUUGUGGCUUUGAUUUGUUAUAUGAAUAUCAAUAUGUUUGUGAAGUGCUGCUCAUGUUGUUGAUUGUUGGCCGUGGUGGGAAAACUGAUUCCACCCCCUUGAAAAAUAAACGCCCACUGAGGAAAAAAUGGGUGAAGAUCUUCUCACAAGUUUAUGCAUGGAAAGUAACCGCUUGUCUACUCUUUUGACCAUGGAUUCUAGCUCAUCCAGUCACGAUGAAGCUGAUAGGGAGUUGAAUCGGGCUGUUAAUCUCUUGCAGCCCCCGCCAGAUAUCAAUCUCCCACUUUCAUCCGAGCCAAGCCCUCCUCCGUCCCUGUGGAAUGAUACUUGUGAAUUGUUGGAUGUUGGUAUUGGCCCCCAGCAUUAUGAGGUGGAGGCCAAUAUUAAUGUCACUAAAGUUGGAAAGAAAUGUGCUAAAAGGUUGGAUAGCAUGUGGGGUGCUUGGCUUUUCUUCAGCUUCUAUUUCAAACCUGUCUUGAAUGAGAAAUCAAAGAAUAAGGUCACUUGGGAGAGUAGUGGUAUCAAUGGGUAUGAUAAGUCUGAUUUGAAGCUGGAUACUUUCCUUGUUCAGCAUGAUAUGGAGAAUAUGUAUAUGUGGGUUUUCAAGGACAGGCCUGAAAAUGCUCUGGGUAAGAUGCAGUUAAGGAGUUACAUGAAUGGGCAUUCGCGGCAAGGGGAGCGGCCUUUCCCCUUUAGUGUGGAGAAGGGUUUCGUGCGAUCUCAUAGGAUGCAGAGGAAGCAUUACAAGGGCCUUUCAAAUCCUCAGUGUGUUCAUGGUAUUGAGAUUGUCCGGACUCCCAAUCUUAAUGUCCUUGAUGAUGAAGAGAGGAAGAAGUGGAUGGAGCUUACAGGGAGGGAUUUGAACUUCUCUAUUCCCCCUGAAGCCAGUGAUUUUGGGUCAUGGAGACAUCUCCCAAGCACUGAUUUUGAGCUGGAGAGGCCUCCACCAGCCUUGAAGAGUAACCCAAGUUCCCAAGCUAAAAGAUUGCUGAAUGGCUCUAGUCUAAAUCUAUCCACCCAGGCAUUCAAUAAUGCAAAUGGUGAAGGGAUGGAGCUUUUAUCUAUUGCCAACAAGCGGAAGAGGAACUUCUUCGCCAACGGAAAUGAGGAUGAUUUCUGUUUGCCUCUCGCUACAAACCAAGAGAGAGUCUUGGACAUUCAUGCUAUUGAGCCGUCGUGGUUGGGUGAGUUUACAGGAGUUAUGAGGAGUGCAUAUGGACCUGUAACAGCUGCAAAAACUAUAUAUGAGGACGACCUGGGGUUUUUGAUUAUCGUGAGCAUGCCUUUUGCUGAUCUUGAAAGGGUGAAAGUGACAUGGAGAAACACUCCGUCGCAUGGAAUUGUGAAGAUAUCUUGUGUGAGUACUGGUUGUGUGCCGAUUAUUAAGAGGCAGGACAGGACAUUUAAGCUAACAGAUCCAGCACCAGAGCACUGCCCUCAAGGAGAAUUCAUUCGCGAAAUUCCCCUUCGAACUCGCAUACCAGAAGAUGCUAAAUUAGAAGCAUUUGGUGAUCCUACAGGAACCAUGCUUGAAAUUCUUGUUCCCAAGCAUCGGGUAGGACCAGAAGAGCACGAAGUUCGCGUCUGUCUCCGCCCGUCUCCUUGGAGCGAGCGUACAUACGUCGACUUGACAGAGGCUUUGGUGUGAGGAUUGUAAGGAUUAGUUUAGAAAUGGGUCAUUUGCUCUUUAGUUUUACUAAUCAAUUCAAUAGUUGGAAAUUGUUAAUUAGAUUUGAUUUCUGUUCUAUUAGCCUACUCCUUCAGCACAAAGGAAUUUCUUUAAUAUUUCUGUAGUAGUAUUGUUGAUUCUCACUGAAUACCACAACAUAGUAUUCGGAGGAUCAUUACAGUUUUAUGUUCCUUUUCUGUGUCCCUUCAGAACAGUAGAAGGAACUACAGGCUCUCAUGAAUUUAUACGAAUCCUGUAGUUUUAUUUGUAUUCUAGAACUGAAACAUCAUUAAUGGAUAGAUCCAGAAACCAGCAGUUUCUCCCUGUUAUAUAUUGUACUUUUAUAGCUGAUAUGAAAAAUCUUGCGUGAUAGUGCUUUAAGUAGAUAAUGGGUUAUGAUGAAAAUGGUUUCAGCCUGUUACCAUUCACUUCUUGCUUCUACGAAGUGUAUGAAUCUUGCUUCGCUUAAAUUAGAUGGUCGUUUCUAUGCGUUUUCUGCUCAUUUAUGAACUUCCGAUGGAGUCCCAUGGUAACCUCACAGUCUCACUACGCACGUGGACAGAAUAUCGUUGGUUGAACACAGCGGGUCAACAGUCAACUCGCGACAGAUUCUUGACUUUUGGUGCAAUUUGCAGCCAAGACGCAAAGCUGUAUCCAGUACAAUGUUGCCUAGUGCCCACGUUGAACGGACUUAGGUCCCACCCGCUGUUUGGCCAAGUUAGUUUGUCAAAUUGUGCUGGUCAGUCUAUCAGGGAAUUGGAAGUUUACUUUGUUAGAAAAGG